AUGUGUCUCGGCGUCCACUUGCCCCUGCUGGGGAGCAGUCGCUCCCAUUCGUACUUCGACUUUGAGCAAGACGCAAGAGCAUUCAUGUCGUCAACGUGUACAUUAUUCAUCGUACGAAGCGGACAUCAAAUCUCGAACCAGGGGCUGGGCCGUCCACAACAUUGGCCUACGGACUGGAGCACCGAGUACAGGACAGGGCAGCUUGCUUGCAAACAGGAAAAAGCAAGUCCACGACUCGCAGAUUGUGCCAUCAAGCCACCAAAGUCGCGCACACAGUCGGCCCUUGUGAAGUUUACUGCCAACUGGAUCCGACCCCGCAGUGUUGGUGCCACUACCAACCCCCACAAACAUGCGCGUUGGCCGCUGGCCACGCUGGGUUCACGGCCCUGGAGGCGGCCGACCGGCCUUCACCUUCCAGAAGACCCAGACAUUUCGGCCGCCGCUGGUCUCUUCCUUGCCAAGGAGAACCCCACAGCCACAGCUCGCUGUGUCCGAUCUCCGGAGACCCUGGAUGCCGUCGUGUACUCUGUUACCGUGCUCCUGUACACCGUACGUACUCCGUACUCGAAGGAGGGGACGGGGGUUCGAUGGGGCAAAGCGGCUUCAUGUUGCAACUUGCAACCAACUUGCGCUGCCCAUGCCACGGUUCGACCGGCGCAACAGGUGCCCGGAGGAUGCGUGCAACGAGUCCAACAAGCAGCGUCCAACACAGGCAAUCACCUGACUCUCCUGGAGUCCUGGGCAUGCUCUUCAUCGUUCUCCGUGAGCCCCUCUUCUUCAAUCUGUGCCCUGAGGCCUCAGCGUUGCAUCGCGACCCGCUCUACGGAUCUCGGUCGCUUCUACCCCAUACUCGACUUGUCACCCGUGCGUCAAAACGCAAACGCGCCGGAGAGAGGCAGCGGCGGCCAUGUCGCUAGCAAAGCGAAACGAUGGCUGCGUCCAAUGUCGCAUGCGUCGUAUUCGGUGCGACAAGGAGGAGCCCGAGUGCUUCAAAUGUCGCAAAAAGGGCAUCUGUUGCUCCGGGCAGGGGAUCGAGUACCGCUUCAGCUCUCAUAUGACCGUCGCAUGUCCUUCAAAAAACGGUGCGCUGAAGGUCAAUAA